CCAUACAGAUACUGUAUUACAUACAUAACAUUCCGACGUUGGUAACUGAGCUCGGCGCAACAAGCGAAGCUUUCCAUUAUUUUUUUCGGACCUAGCCUCAACCCUUGUUGGACUUGGUGACUAGCAAAGAUGCAGAUUUUCGUCAAGACUCUCACGGGAAAGACCAUCACCCUAGAGGUGGAGAGCAGCGACACGAUUGAGAAUGUCAAGGCCAAAAUUCAAGACAAGGAGGGCAUUCCCCCGGACCAGCAGCGUCUGAUUUUCGCGGGCAAGCAGCUGGAGGACGGCCGCACCCUGGCCGACUACAACAUCCAGAAGGAGUCCACCCUGCACCUGGUGCUGCGCCUGCGUGGUGGCAUGAUGAUCAAGGUGAAGACGCUCACAGGCAAGGAGAUUGAGAUUGACAUCGAGCCCUCGGACACCAUUGAGCGCAUCAAGGAGCGCGUGGAGGAGAAGGAGGGCAUCCCGCCCGUCCAGCAGCGCCUGAUCUUUGCGGGCAAGCAGAUGAACGAUGACAAGCAGGCCAAGGACUACAACAUUGAGGGAGGCUCCGUGCUGCAUCUGGUGCUGGCUCUGCGUGGCGGGCUCUGAGGCGAUUUCUCGUUGGGCAGUGGCGAUGGAGGCAGCAGAGCGGCUGGGACGCUUGGACGCUGGAACGACGUGGGAGCAGGAGGAGGAGGCAGGCGGUGUUAGGUGAUGCUGCAUACGCGCGCGCAGGAUGGGUGCGGAAGGACAAGUGGAUGGGCCAAGUGGGUGGGCCAAGUGGGUGGGCCAAGGUUGCGCCAUUGCGUAGUCAGCCGCUGGAAGGGUGAGUCGUGCAGCCUGGAGACGGGGGCGGGGGGCAGGGUGGUGUCAGGGAGCAUGCCUCCGUCGUUGCCGGCGUCAGGCGGCUGCCGGAACAGCCGCCUGCCCCAAGCAUGCCAGGCGUCCGGGCGCAAGUCUUGGAUGGAUGGGUGCGGCCACGGGGCGCGGCUUGCCGUUUCAGAUCGUGCCAACGGCCGUGUGCGCUUACUGGUCAUGGGCUCUGUGGCUUUCUUCGCGCGGGCUCACACCCUCCGGGACGAGGUGCGGGGCGCCAGGCGAGGGGUUGGCUGGCUGAUGGCCAGGUCGGGAGCUGUGACUCGGGGGUGUUUUGAAGGGGGGGUGUACGUGUGGCUGGGGCCACUGAGGUGCAACGAGCUUAAAGCAUGUAACAGCGGCGCGCACUGUUUCCAUCCGCUGCUUUGUUGGCGCCUGCAAUGGCAGCCGUGAAUGCCAAAAUUGAAGUGCAGACAAACGCGAAGGCGAGAGGUGACCCUUUUGCCACCAGCCCCCCAUAGCCACCUCAGCUCCGCCAUGAGCGCCACAAAGGAAGUUGGAAACGUUCGGCCGCAAAAGCACCCGAUCACCGAGGUCACAGGCGGUGAUGGGCGACUGUCAGGGAUUCCAUUAGCGUUGGGCCGUGCACAAUGCGCGGUCCUGAAGCUGAACGCGCCCCAUCCAGGCAACAGCAUUAGGCACAUACCCAGGCGGAGCCAUGGCAUGCGUGGCUGGUAGGCAAGUCCACGGAGCUCGGGGUGAGCCGGUCAGGAGUAUGCGACAUUUGACAGGCGCUGACUGUAACACGGGGCUGGU